AUGUUUUCUGGUUCAAUUCUACGUCUUCAACAAUUAAUAAGAACAAAUUUACGUCGAAAUUUAUCAUUUAAACAAUUCAAUGAAAUAAAACCAAUUAUUAGUCGAAAUCUUGCUUGGUUUUCUCAGCAACAAGUCAAACACACUUUUGGUAGAAAAUUAAGACGACGUUUAAGGAUUUUUUGGACUACUACUGUCGUUGGUUUCGGAGCAUUUUGUGGUUAUCGUGGUUAUCGCAAUUAUCAAUGGUUUAAUGAAAUGACUGACUCUGAUGAGACUAUUGGUACUAAACCACGUGUUAUCGUUCUUGGAACAGGUUGGGGUGCUGUACCACUUUUAAAACAUAUUGAUACUAAAAAAUAUGAAGUUGUUUGUAUAUCACCACGUAAUUAUUUUUUAAUGACACCAUUAUUACUAUCUGUUAGUGUUGGAACAGUUGAAACUCGAACAGUAGUUUCAGCAAUUCGUUCUCUUAUUGGACCACGUAUUAAAUAUGUUGAAGCACAUUGUAUUAAUGUUGAUCCAAAAGCAAAAAUUAUUUCAUGUAAUACUGAUGAAGAACCACCAGUAUCUCGUGGUGAUUAUGUGAAAAAUAUCCUUGUACCAUCCAAACGUGAACGUGGUGCAUCAUCACGAGUAAUUAAAGAUUCUGCUCGGACUCGACCAGCAUUCGAUAUGCAAUAUGAUAUCCUUGUUGUUGCUAUUGGAUCAGGCAAUAAUACAUUUAACAUUUCGGGUGUUGAAGAACAUGCACAUUUUCUUAAAGAAAUUCUUGAUGCUCGACGUAUUCGUUCAGCACUUAGUGAUGCAUUUGAAUCAUCUAUGACACCAACACAAACAGCCGCAGAAAAAAAACGUCUUCUACAUUUUGUUAUUGUUGGAGGUGGUCCAACAGGUGUAGAAUUUGCUGCUGAACUUGCCGAUUUAGUUCGAGAAGAUCUUCAAUCGUAUUUUCCACGGCUUGUUGCUAAUGAUGUAAAAAUAACAUUAAUUGAAGCACUUGAUCAUAUUUUAUCAACGAUGGACAAACAAAUAAGUGAUUAUACCGAAAGGCAUUUUCAUCGUGAAAAUAUUGAAGUAUUAACAAAUACAUUUGUAAAAGAAGUUAAACAACAAGAAAUUGUUGUUCACAUAAAAGAUACCGAUGAAGUUAAAUCAAUUCCAUGUUCAAUUGUUGUUUGGGCAACUGGAAUCAAAGCUCGACCAUUAACAAAUAGAAUUCGAGAAACAAUUGGUUUAGAUAUUCAAAGCAAUCGAAAGGGUCUUCUAACUGAUCAAUAUUUACGAGUUAAAGGUAUUGACGAUGGUUCAAUUUAUGCUAUUGGCGAUUGUGCGACAAUUCAACAACCAAAAUUAGUUGAUCGAAUUCAAUCAUUAUUUGAAGAAGCAGAUACAGAAAAUCGAGGAGCAUUGAGUCUUCAACAGUUUGAAACAUUAGUUAAACAGAAAAUUAGUCAAUUUCCGCAGAGUAUUGAAAAAGCAUUUGCAGAAGCUGAUAAAGAAAAAUCUGGUUAUUUAACACUUGCUACACUUCGUUUAGCUCUUGAAAAAGCCGAUCAAAAAAUUCGCACAUUACCAGCAACAGCUCAAGUUGCAUCUCAACAAGGUCGUUAUGUAGCUGAUUUACUUAACCAAUUAACUGAUCUACAAUCAACUAAUUUUGAACAACAAAAAUUAAUGCCAUUUCGAUAUAAACAUAUGGGUUCAUUAGCAUAUGUUGGUGGUGAUGAAGCAGUUGUUGAUUUGACUGGUUCAAAAACAUUUCAAGAUUUAUUUAGUUUUAAAUCAUUGUCAGGUCGUAGUGCUGCUUAUUUAUGGAAAUCAUUUUAUUUUACUGAAAUGUUUACUGCACGAACAAAAACAUUACUUGCAGUUGAUUGGAUUCGUAAUAAGUUAUUUGGACGAGAUAUUAGUCGAUAUUAA